AUGACAGAUGGCGACCAGAGGCGAGGUCAGGUAUCCCGGUGUUUACCUGGAUACGAGGCUGACGUUCUGGUCGCACAUCAGGCGCGCCGUAGACAAGGCAGCUUUAUGGCAAACACGAGAGGACCAAAACAGAAGACGCGACAACUACUGAUGACAGUAACCCACUCGAUUCUCCUGUACGGAGCCGAGAUAUGGGGAGGCGCGAUGGAAGUAAAGAAAUACCGACAGGCCAUGCUGUCGGUGCAAAGACGAGGGGCUCUUCGUAUCGCGUGCGCGUACCGAACAGUCCCCGAAUCGGCGGUGUUAGUUAUCGCCGGUGUGAUUCCCAUAGACCUCUUAGCUCUUGAGAGAAAGAGUGUCUACGAGCGUAUUAUGGAACUGGGCAGGGCAAGGGCGUCCAAAGAACCACGCAACGUGACGAUGGACGACUGGCAGACUUGA